GUACAGCGGAAGCAAUUUCCUGCGGCAGCGCUUGGUUUUGUCCACGAUUAGUGGACGACCAGUGGUGAUCUCCGACAUUCGUCCUAAGGAUGAAGAACCUGGUCUGAGAGAUUAUGAGGCUUCCUUUGUCAGACUUUUGGACAAACUGUGCGAUGGUUCUGACAUCAGUAUUGACGAGACAGGUUUCGAUCUCAUUUUUGUGAACUUCCUGCUUCAUGGUCAAAGUGCUCAAUUCUUUUAG